CCGGUUUGUGUAUUCCACUCCAGUAUGGCGGCGGCGAGUUGCGGAGGAGGAUAACCGGAGAUAAGUUAGUCUGAAUAGCCGCUGACGGACUCGCGGACCGGCUGGAGCACUUUACACACCUUGCUUAGAGUCUCCGGGGCGCGGAGCCUCUAACGGACCCGGAGGCCGGCCUGCGCGUGGCGGGGAAAGGACCAGAAACUGCUGUUCCGUGUCUUUUAGCUGGCUGGCUGGCUAGCUAGCUUAGCAUCUUGGGCUAGGCUAGGCUGGGCUAGCCGCGAAGCUAGUGAGCUACUGCUGCUAAGCUAAGCUAACAAGCGGAGUAGGGGGGAUUUUGUAUCGCAAAGUUUAUGAGUUAAGGAAUUUGUUGUGCAUUUUAGAGCUUAGACUAGUCGACAGCUGGGAUUAUAAGAGUGUUUUUCCACAAAUUAAAGCUAACUAGUUAGCUUUAUUAGCCUCUACCUCACAUAUUUUGCUCCUCUUGUCUAGCUAACUGGCUUUUUGGAAAUCUCGUUAGCUAGCUAGGUUAGCUAUUUCUUGCUAGCCUGCUGCCCAAGUUUAAACCAUAACUACGGAGACAGGUAGCGUUAAUAAGUUAACUAACAGUUUGUGAACAUGGAGACCAAACAGUUUAUUCUGUAUGUGUGAAUGAGCAGCCCGCAAAUAAAUCAAUUUAAUCGGAUUAAAUAUCCUAUUUUGAAGUCUUAAGCGAUUAAGACUAAAUUUCAAAGAUGUUUAAACAUAUUUGUGCCUGAAUUGUGUCUAAAUAGCUAAGCAAGUGGUGGGUGAGAGCUUGACAUUUACAGUUAAGUUAGUUAACUAUUGAGAGUAAAUUGUUUUUUGAAUUUAACGUUGGCUAACUGAGAUAACUAAAUACUCGAUACAAGUUACCCAAGUGUGUAAGACACAAGUUAAACUAACUUAACUAGUUCUAACAGAAAAUAUAGUUAGUGAGUUGGGGACAUAAACAUUAGCUAGCUAAAUUUCAAAGUGGGCAGUGGUUAACUAACUUGAGCUAUUCCAGUUUAGAGAACUUGAGUUGACCUCUUAACUUAGUUAGCUGCUUGUUAUUUAAAUGCACUUGAAUUGAACGAAUUCCUCUAUUUCAUUUAUUGAAGCACCAACAAAGACGACGGAUUAUUUUGAUAGAUAGCUAAAUAGAUAGUAACUUACACCUAGGUUGGCUAGAAAGCUUGCGAAGCUGUAGGUUUAGUAGCUAAGCUAGUGUAGGUUUACAAACCUCAACACAACAGGUUUCUUGCUACUAAGUUGACUACCAUAACUAGCCAGCAAGCUAGCAAAAGAUACAAGCCAGAUUUAACGUUCAAGGCUACAUUUAAGGCUGAAUCUGUGUUUUUGUGAUCCUAUGGUUAGCCACUUAGCUAGCAAGGUGGUGGAAGCUCAUAUUGUGAGAAUCUGAAGGUAAUCGUGGCCUGUUGACGUUUAAACCCAAAGCAAUGCAUUUUUAUGGCCGUGUGGAGAAGGUGCAGUCCUAGCUAUAGCUCCAUCGCCUUGGGUUCUGUUUGACAUCAUGGUGGAUUUGCGAGAAGAAGGGGAGCAGGGGGGCUUGGCUGGCUCUUCCUUUGGACAUUAGCGAGCUAUGUAAGCGAGGUUAGUUAGUCGAUUUGGAAAUAUGUGCAUGUGCAUACGUUUGCGUUACACGAGCCAAACACGAUACCGACUGUUUCCCUAAAAGAUAGGAAAAGUGGAAGGAUUGCCAUUCUGGAUCAAGAAGCCCUGCCUUUCGCCUCUGGUUGGAGUAGCACUCCCAAGCCGUCGUCUUCAUCCAUGCCUUCAGCGCUGGCCGUCUUCACCUGCCGCCCGAACUCGCACCCGUUUCAGGAGCGUCAUGUCUACCUGGACGAGCCCGUCAAGAUCGGGCGGUCGGUGGCCCGGUGUCGGCCAGCCCAGAACAACGCCACUUUCGACUGCAAGGUGUUGUCCAGGAAUCACGCUCUCGUCUGGUUCGACCACAAGACAGGCAAGUUUUAUCUUCAGGACACCAAAAGCAGCAAUGGAACCUUCAUAAACAGCCAGCGCCUGAGCCGGGGGUCUGAGGAGAGCCCCCCCUGUGAAGUGCUCUCUGGUGACAUCAUCCAGUUUGGGGUGGAUGUGACUGAGAACACUCGCAAAGUAACUCAUGGCUGCAUAGUUUCGACCAUCAAGCUUUUCCUACCAGAUGGCAUGGAAGCCCGGCGACGAUCAGAUGUUAUUCAAGCACCACUACCACUGCCUGUUGAUAAGGUUGCUGCAAAUACGCCCAGUAUGUACUCUCAGGAACUGUUCCAGCUCUCCCAGUACCUGCAGGAGGCCUUACAUAGGGAGCAGAUGCUGGAGCAGAAGUUGGCCACGCUGCAGAGGCUGCUGGCCAGCACACAGGAGGCCUCAGAAAGCAGCUGGCAGGCUUUAAUCGAUGAAGAUCGGUUACUCUCCAGACUGGAAGUGAUGGGGAAUCAGCUGCAGGCAUAUUCAAAAAACCAAACAGAAGAUGGCAUCCGAAAGGAGCUAGUAGCCUUAACAGAAGACAAACUCAAUUACGAGACUACAGCCAAAGAGUCCCUGAGGCGGGUACUUCAGGAGAAAAUUGAAGUGGUCAGGAAGCUGUCAGAAGUGGAGAGGAGUCUCAGUAACACGGAGGACGAGUGUACUCAUCUGAAGGAGAUGAACGACCGCACCCAGGAGGAGCUGAGUGAGCUAGCUAAUAAGUACAAUGGAGCUGUGAACGAGAUCAAGGAUCUUACUGACAAGAUCAAGCUGGCUGAAGGCAGACAGGAGGAACUCACUCAAAAAGGCCAGAAUGAGAAGAAGGAGCUGCAACUCCGAAUUGAAGAGAUGGAGGAGAAGGAACAAGCACUUCAAGCCCGCAUCGAGGCACUACAGGCAGACAACGACUUCACCAACGAGAGGCUCACUGCUCUUCAAGUCCGGUUAGAGCAACUUCAGGAGAAAAGCAUAAAGGAAAACAACAGUUUAGACCACUUUCUUUUAAAGAGUGGAGGGGACUGCACUUUAAUCCAACAGUUCAUUGAGUGCCAGCCCGUGAAGCAGCUGAAAGGAGCUGUGGAUGCAUCCAUUCACAAGCUGUCCAACUUUGACGAUGUUAUAGAUGCACAUCUUCAGAACAACCAAACCACAGAUGACAACAGCUUGCCCAGUCCAGACAAGCUAAAAGAAAAUCAAAUAGAUGCUAAAGAGUCUGAUAUGUCAGACACACUUAGCCCCAGCAAGGACAAAAGCAGUGACGACACUUCAGACGGACAAAUGGACGAGCAGGAGCUGAACGAGCCUCAGAACAGGGUUGCUCUGCUGAAAGAUGAACUGCAGAGAGCCAACCUGGAGCCCGGAGACACGGAGCAGGUCAUUCACCACUUACAUCGAGAGCUGCUGGAGGCUCAGGAGCUCGCCAACACUGGCAAGCAGAAAUGUCUUGAGCUACAAGCUCUGCUUGAGGAGGAGAGGAGGACUAACAGGCAGCAGACCGAAGAAUCUGCCAAACAGAUCCAGUAUCUACAAACCCAGCUAGCCAAGCUGCAGUCUGAUAUGGAGGCUCUGCGUGAGCAGAGAGAGAACACCAUCUCCACCACACGGGAGGAGCUUUACAGCGCCCAGGAGGAAGUGCUCGUCCUCCGCCACGCCAUGGAGGCCGCCACCGCCGAGAGGGAGCGCGAGAUCGCCGUCCUGCAGGGAGAUCUGAGCGCCGUCACGGCCGAGCUGGAGAAGUGGAGGAAGGCGGCUGCCGACUACGAGCUUGAGAUCAGCACCCUGCAGGCCAGCUUCAAACUGCAGAGCCAGCACCAGGAGAAAGCCACCCAGCUACAAGCUGAGCUGGAGAAGCUGCAGUCCGAGUGUUCAACCCUGCAGAAGGAGUGCGAGUCUCUACGUUCUGAGAAAGUGGCCCUGCUGGAGAAACUUCAGAGGCUGGAGGUGGACUUGGACAGCUCCAGAGAGCAAAGUGCCACACUGAGCUGCAACCUGAAUGCACUGGAGAAGUCGCAGGGCGACCUGGAGAGCAAGCUGGGCUCCAUGCAGGACCAGCACCAGCAGGACGCCUGCAAGCUGAAGGUACAGCUGGCCCAGGCAGAGGACCGCACCAAGAACCUGCAGAAAGAGUAUGAGGACACUCAGGUCCAGCUGUGUGAUCUGAGGCAGAGGUAUGAGCGGACAGAGAAGGAGAAGCGCUCCAUUAAUGAUGAGCUGGAGCAGUGCAAGGUCAACCUGAAGCUGCUGCAGGAGAAGGGCAAGAAUCCAUCCAUAUUGCAGCCUGUCCAAGCCAUUUUCAUCGGCCUUAUCCUGGCUUUGCUGUAUUGGUGCUUCGGCCAAUUGUGGUAGAAAGAGCGGCUGGAUGCCCUGGAUGCCAGUAGUCGCUGUGAUGGUUGCUGUGACGGCAGUGGUGCUGUAUCCCAGCUUGUCUAAGAACUCUUCCUGAGAUGAUGAUGAUGAUGAUGAUGAUGAAAAACAACCAAUCACAACGCUCCUUCCUGUUACUACCACCACAACCACUACUACCACCACUCUACCACUGCCGUUGCUGCUUCUGCCUCUGCCUCUGCUGCUACCUGUGUCCUGGGUCACGGCACAGCACGGCGUGGCAUGGCAUUGUUCUGGCACGGCACAGCGGAGCAGACUGCUCUCUUUUAGACCCGGUGUCAGUUUUAAUCCUGAUGCCGGGCCUAUUCUGGACAGGUUACAGGACAAUAGACAUGACAAUACAGCCCCAGGGUCUUCAAGGUGACUGUAUAAAAAUGCAAAUGUAAAUAUUCUAGAGUAAAAAACGGGGAUAAAAGGUGUAACUUCUAUUAUUAUAGAUGAGGAAAAUUAUCAGCUUUUUUCAGUUAGAUGGGAAUGAUUAUUGAUUAUUAAAGUGGCCUAAACUAGGCUUUUUUUGUUUUGUUUUUUGUUCUGUUCUUUUGUUUCGUUUCGUUUUCAGAUGGGUACCAAAUGUUACGUUGGCGAGUUUAGUUCACGUUUUCUGUGGUUUGCCAUGUUAGAUGUUAAUGUGGUAUUCCGAAUAGAUGGAAAGCCAAAUUAUAUUCUUAAAUGAUGAUAGGGCACAGCUGCAGGGGCAGGGGCGGGGCAGGGGUUGGGUUCGCGGGUUUGUUAGGGGUUGGCGUAGGGGGCAGUGCCUAAUUUAACUACUACUACUACUAGAUUGCGUGUAAACACUCACUCACUCAUUCACUCACUCACACAGACACACAGACGUUCUUGUCCUCCCCAGUGAAGUGCCGCUCACGCUCCACUACCGUGGCACCACAUUUUGUUAAACCGAAAAGGAAGAAAAUGUCUCUAAAUCGUUCACGGUCUUCUGUGCUGUAGUUGUGUGUUCCAACCAACAUGUUCCAGCCGACGAGCAGCACAGUAACGUCAUUGUACGCUAUCGUCGUUUCCUUUGUAUUGUGUAAUUUUAAAUGCAAAUGUUCUCGUCGAAGACACUACACUACUAAAUGUUGGACUUCAAAUUUCAUGAGAUGUAGGAUUCAGGUUUGAAGCACUGACUUGGACAUAUUGUAGCUUUUUUACCAACACACUGUCGUCCGGCCAGUUUGGACAUGAACCGACCAGUCUGUGCUGCGAAGGGUUCUUUGAGUAAAUAGCCAUAUUUGUUUAAGAAAUUGGGCGGAUAGUUUUCUGGUAUAUUUCAAGCUGCCUCACUGUAGGAUAUAGGAAGUCAACAUGCUCUGAGCUCCUAACCUGAUGAAGGGGGUAAAAACAAACAAAAAAAAGCACCAUCCACCCACCCAAAGAGAGCAUGGCCGAUUUGGCCCUCUCAGGCUCCGGCUGCUGAUGCAGCAAAGCAGCAUGACUCCAGAAUUCGAGCUCUCAAUCCUCAGGCCGUAGUGUCUGCAUCUAAACCUGCGGAAUCAGUUUAAAGAAGUUCAUGUAGUACUUCCUAAACCAAUUCGAAGGUUCCUCAAAUAAAGCAUCACUCAAAGAACCUUUGGUAGCAUCUUUAUUUUUAGGACUAUACUCUUUAAAACUUUAAAACCAACCAAUUAGGGCUGCAGUAGCUUGAUUACUGUCACACAAACCGCUUCUGCAGAACUUUCUGAACAAAGCUCUGGGGUUUUGCUGCCUUAUCUGUAAGUUAUAUGGAAGUUUUAGCUCUUUUAGAAGGAAUUGGAUGGAAAAUCUUUGCAAACACACACAAAAAUACACGAAUAAAAAAUGAAAUGUGCAAAAAUGUGGGUUGUGCAUUGUCUAAGGCAUUGACUGAAACAUGCUUCACGCAAGAAUAUGAAUGUAAGCGCUUCAAAGCGUCAUGUAAUCUGGGUUUUGCACAUAAUUGCAUACUAAAAUUGUCUCAAGGGGGCGCUAAAGAAGCCGCCAGAUUCCACUUUCCUAAAAUGUUUUAUCCACCAAACUAACACAAAUUAGCGCACAUUAAAUUAGUGAAGCAGAACAUGCAGUUGAAGAUCUUUGACACAUGGACGAUUUGGAUUUUGCAUUCGCAUUCUUGUGUGAAGUGUGUUUUUAUAGGCUGACUAGAGAUGUAUUUACCUGAAGCACAGCACACAACUGAACUCUGUGGUGGAUUUGGUGGAAGGUGAAAUUGAAAAGCAAAGAUAGAUGAAUGGGUUAAAUGGUAUAUAUUGAAUAAAUGGGUGAAAUGCUUUCAGACCGGAAUGAGUGGACGUGAGUUCUUGAGCAGUGUGUUUUGGCGAAGAAAAGAAAAUAGCAACCAAUGAGCUGUGUGUUCACGUUUUGUCUGCUGCGCUGUAAAUAAACUGUCAUGGAGCAAAACGGCUUAAUCUUGUUCCACCUCCUCCUCAACAAAUUUCCUUUUAUUUUUUUACAGCAAAGAAAAACAUAAAAAUAUAAAAAAACAAACGAAAAAAAUAAAAAAAACAGUGAGUCCCUUCAGAAGCUAACAAAGACACAAAUGCAAAGCAUGGUGUAGCAGCACAGGUUAACUCUGAAAGCUCCUCAAUGCAUCAGAACAUGUCCUUGAGCACGAUUGAAUGAUCUCAGUUGAAGGACUUUCUAUUUUUUAAUUUUGAGGACUUUGAUUUCUUGUUUUUUGAAAUUUUAAUAUCUCUCAGAUCUUUCUCUUCCUUCACUCAUAUUGACUGCAAUGCUAAAGCAAAUUAUGGAGACUCCACCUAGUGAUUUUUGUCUGUAAAUAUGUAUGUACGAAUGUAUUGUGUGUAAAUAUACAUAAUAUUCACGAAAUAAAAGUUGAAUAUCGGUGA